UUAUUGCCCUAUUGUCUAUGAGUAAUUUUUCUUUCACAGCUGGGGAGGGCAAGGAGGGUUUUAGGCAGGAUGCUGAAUCUGAAAGACAUUUCUUUCACAAGGAAGGACACGUGAGCAGUUUGCGUUAAUAAGUUCAGGAACUUGGAUCAUUUUUUAAAAUUAUUAUCAGGAAUUAGAAGCCAUAAAUAUUUAUUGAGUUUUGUUUUAACACGUAAAGUAAUUUUAGUAUAAUCUUGGGGCAGAAUGAUUGUCUCCAUGGAGAAAUCUAAAAACUUUCGCAUCGACGCGCUCCUGGCGCAUGACGCAGCGCCAAGGACCGACAGAGAGCGCGCGUCCCCGGGGCUGUUUUACAGCAGGAGUCCAGAUCCAGCGUCAACCUGCGCCUCAGAGGCUACCUCCCCUCAAACAAACCCUCCCUCGGUCCAGCCAGACGUCCUGUCCAAACCCCAAGUCUUCAGCCUGUCCCAGUCAGGACUCGGUGCUCUGCACCAAGCAGGUCUCAUCCGGUCGUACCCUGUAGAGUCCGCGAAUCCACUGGCGGCCCUCGGAAGCCAGCCCCCCGCCUUGGUGUACCCCAGCUUUACGCAGCUGCUCCAGCCCUAUACAGAGCAGAUGCAGGGGGGCACGAAUCUGGCCCUGGAGCCAUGGAUCAGAGCGGGGAUGUUGAUGCCCAGACUCGGAGAGUUUGCUCCAGGUCAGGCAGCUCUGUUGGGGAAGUGUCGGAGACCGAGGACAGCUUUCACCAGUCAGCAGCUGCUGGAGCUGGAAAACCAGUUCAAGCUCAACAAGUACCUGUCCAGGCCCAAACGCUUUGAGGUGGCCACCUCGCUCAUGCUCACCGAGACUCAGGUAAAGAUCUGGUUCCAGAACAGACGCAUGAAGCUGAAGAGAAGUCAUAAAACUAAAGACAAAGUAGCAGCAGCCUCUCGGACGCAGGAUGUGCAGAGAAUCAAACAUCACGACGGCUCGCUCAGCUCAGGCCUGGAAGACGAAGAGGACAAUGAGGAUGGAAAGGUGGAAAUAAAAAAGCUGGGGGGAGCCACUUUCGGUUCUUUCAGCUUCCAGAGGCAUGGAUCUGGUGGAAAUGAGAACUCCUACUCAGAUGGGAUUAGAGAAGGUGGUCUGAGAAAAAACAGUGGGGUUGUCCCAUAGUUUCAACUACGCUGAGUUUUUAUUGUAUGUUAUGUUUUAUUAAGUUUGAACUCUAACUCUUGGUACAAAGACAAACUUUUAUUACAAAAUCUCUUUUAAAGCCUAAACAAAAUCCAGUUUCUCCGCCUGUAUUUUCUUUGCCAGUAAUUUGUUUCACACUCUCCAAACAGUCCAGAGACGAUUUGAUUUUGAUGAUUUUAUUUAUCUGUAGAUUUGGGUAGGAGUGUUUUAUGUGUUUCUCUACUUAAACCCUACACCUCUCAGCUCAGAAGCAAUGUAUGAAAACAGGUAAAGCAAAAAAUAAUUAAUGCAAAUGCACUAAAUUUUAAUUUAUUUAUUUUUGUUGAAAUUUCUAAAUGGAUGAAACAUAACCUGUGUAUUUAUGUAGUAAUAACUACAUAUUGAAGACAUAAUAAAACCACGUUAUUCUAUUUUGCAUUGGAGCAUUCACUUUCUAAACAGCAACGUGUUUUACAAACAUUUAAGCAAUUAAACUUUUGACAAACCA